CAGUAGACGGGAACAUAUUGUUAACAUUCACUUAUUUUUGUUGCAACGUGCGCAAAUUUUUUCACAGAGCACGCACUGGCCCAUCGAACGAUCCCCCAUAAUCAUUCCCCCUGAUUUUUCAUCAUUAAAUGAAUGAAAUUUUUCAUUUCCAUCCCCUGUCAAUUCCUUCAUACAUUCCUUUUGUACAUUUACGUGGAUUUAGACCUUUCAUUACUGUAUAGAUAAAAAUAUAUAAACAGAGAGGUCGUCGGUUCACACUUAUGAAACGUCCAACGACGUUACGUUUUUCGUAUGCUGUAAAAAUAAUGAAUGUUGCAUUUAAAGAACUGAACAGUUCUCGCGAUAAUGCAGAGCACUGUACAUAAUUCUGUGCAAUGAUAAGGACCAUUGCAUAGGAAAAUUCCAAUGAAUGUUCCACUGUAUGGGUUUCUUGGAGUUGCAGCGACUCUACUCGUGUAUCUUGUUGGAUUUGGAACGAUUGUGAAGCUAUUUAUUUGUCUGCUCGCUUUAAUUUUAGGAACAAUCACGUGUGUAUAUAGAACGUACGGUGCAAAUCUUGAUGACGUUAUUAAGUCAGAAAGGGAAGACUUGAAUAAGAAGACUGAAAAGUUUCGCCAGUAUAUUCUAGAUGUGUCCAAGCAGAAGAUGACCUUCACUUUAGAUAAAAGGAUCACUGGUAGUCGUAUUAUCGACGAGUCCCUGCAAGAAAUAUUGGAUUUCGUUAUCAGAGAUUACGUGGAACCAUGGUACAACGUAAUCACAGACGACGAAGAAUUCAUCUACUCUGUUCGAGAUACCGCCCAAAAGAUAGCUAUCAAUAUCGCAAAUCGAGUGAAAGGUGUAGAUUGGAUACCAUAUUUAACAACCCGUCUCGUGGACGAUGUAGCCUCCCACGUGAGGCUGUAUCGUCAAGCGAGAGCCAGGAUAAAGCAGGUCCGUUCGAAAAAAUUGCAAAAAGGUAGCGCUAGCUCGAGUACGUCCAGUGGAACUCCUAAGAGAACGCCCACUCACAGGCGGAACAAAAGCGAGACAGAUGUGUCGUGGUAUUCUCAGACAAAGUUUUACAUUCCUAAUUUAUCCUCGCUCACCGAGCCGAUCGAGGCGAGCGAGGAGAAGGAAGAUGAAUCGUUAGAGAAGAUAUUUUUCGACCUCGAGGUUCAGAUGGAGAACAAUCUGAUCAGCAGAGAUACGGUAUGCACCAACAGCACACAGGAACUUGAAUUCCUCGGUGAGAUAUCAGAGAUAUUAUUGUAUCUGGUAUUACCAAAGGGAGAUUUCGAUUGUCUGACUGUGAGAUUUAUAUUAAGAGAAUUGUUAGUGAACGUGAUAAUUAGACCAUUGCUGGAUUUAUUCUCUGACCCUGAUUAUAUUAAUCAGGCGUGUAUAUGGCUGUGCGCCAAGGAAGGCGGUUUACCAAGCGACGUGUUUUUAACGGUGAUCAGAGUCACGGAUAGCUUAGAUGAAUUAACAGCGACGAAAAGCAUAGUUUGUAAGGAAAUAGCUCACCUACGUUCUAAGGACUCGGGGGGAGACGAUGAUUUAUCCGUAAAGCAACAAUUGAACAGUUUACUGUACGUGAAGAAGAUCUUGGAGACCAGAAUCAUUGGUAUGCAAGAGGGAUUGGACUCGGAGACAGAUGGGAUAGGUGCUCAGCCCGAUUGGAACAGAUUAUUGAUACCAGGGCAAAAAUUAGUGAAUUUACCGUUGGACGAAUUGCUGAAGAAUAAUAUCGCGUUAAGUUACUUCAUCGAUUAUAUGACCUCGAUAAACGCAGAAACUUAUUUGUAUUUCUAUUUGAACGUAUACGGAUGGAGGGUGUCGGCUGAACAACAGAUAUCCGACAUAGAGUUACAAAAAUUACACAUGUCCCAGGCAGCUACCAGUAUAAUGGGCACCAGGCGUAAGAACAACGACUUGGAGAAUUUAAAGGAGGCAGCUACGAAGAUCUAUCAGCAGUACCUUAGCGAGAAAGCGUCGCCAAAGUUGCAGUUGGACGACGCUUUAGUCAAGACUUUAUUAAACAGAAUAAGAAUCGAACCAGUUAAGGAAACCUGGUUCGAUGAUCUUCGUACCUGUUGUUACGAGAAGCUGCAAAAUGAAGACAGAUUUCUGCCAGGAUUCAAGAGAUCCAUGGCGUACGUGAAGCUGCUCGCUGAACUUGAUCUGUUGAAAGAUCCCACUUCAGAAGAUGAUAGUAAAUCUUUAGACAGCAUUAGUAUAUCCAGCACGAACAAUGAACUGGAAACCCUGGACGAGAUAUCGGAGAUGUGCAAGCCGGAUGAAACGAGGGGAACGGAAUUGAAGGACAGUAGGUUCAGAUCAAAUUCGUCGACCAGUUUAGCGAGCAUCGUGGAGCCUAACGAGGGCAGAGGAACCGACGAAACGGACUCUGAGAUAAAUAUCAGAGCUAUAAAAAAUAUGAGGAAAGCUGCUAGCAUCGAUGUGGAUCAAAUUAACGAGGGCAAGGAUCUGUCGUUUUAUUUAGAGUCGAAUGCUGAACAGUUUGUUAAGUUAGAUGAGAAUACGUACGAUCGUAACGCGAUUAAAAAGUUACAGCAGGGUAGAUUCGUGAUCACUGCCAAGAUCAUUGAGACUGGAAUUGUAAACGACCGUGGUAAAACCUACGGUAUUUAUGCGGUGGCUGUGACCAAGAGCUACGAUUCAGGGUACCAAGAGAAGUGGCACAUUUACAGGAGGUACUCUGACUUCUAUGAUUUGCAUCAGAAAAUCAAAGAGAAGUAUUAUGAUCUGGCGAAAAUACCAUUCCCAGCUAAGAAAGCUUUUCAUAAUAUGGAAAGAACUGUUUUGGAGAGAAGAAUGUUGAUGCUAAACUCUUGGAUGUAUCAAUUAACUAAGCCAGCAGUGGUGGAUGGUCACAUGGGUCUGCAAAAUUUAUUGCUCAGUUUUCUGGAGCAAGGGGAUUACGACAAGGGUGUCACUGGUGGACAGAUAUCAAAAACUAUAGACACUUUGAUGCAUCCUCUGAAGACAUCCAUGAAAACUGUAACCCAAGCUGUGAAAACUAUGCCUGAUAACAUGCUGAAUACAGUGGACGGUGUGAUGGAUAAUAUAAGUAAAUUUUUUGGAAAUCCAAAGAAGCCCAAUGCUUUUUACGAGAACACUAAAGUUGGCGCUGGUCUGGAUGUAGAGACUGAUGAUAAUAUUCCUCUCCGUAUAAUGUUACUGCUGAUGGAUGAAAUAUUCGACUUGAAAGUUCGAAAUCAAUGGCUUAGACGACGAAUUGUCACUUUGUUAAGGCAAAUUAUUCGUACGAUGUUUGGGGACAUAGUUAACAGACGAAUAGUCGAGUACGUGUCGUUGUUAACUAGCCCAGCAAGAGUGGCGGGCUAUUUGAAAUUGUUCAAAAAUAGCUUUUGGCCAAAUGGUGUUAAGGCUGAAAAGAAACCACCUAGGGACGCAGAGAUGAAAUACCGAACAAGAGUGGCGGCUAAAGUCGCUCUGUUAUCUUGCUUGUCCGACGAAUUAAAACAUAUCAUAGGUAGCGAAACGACCAGAAGAGGUCUUUUGAGAGUAUUCGAAUUGUUCCAACGACCUGUACUGAACAGAAGACUGUUGUACGUCCUCUUAGAAGGAAUAGUAGAAACCCUGUUCCCUCAGAACAAUCUUGUAGAGAUAUUCCGGAAACUCUACUCUGUUUCGCCGAGGGUGCAACACAGAAACAUGCAAAAGUGUUAAUGAUAACACGUCAAGAAAUAUUGGCUACUCAAGAUCAUCAGUUAAAACACUGCAUCAAUUUUUAUUUCAUACCCAUCAGUUAUAGUUUCAUUAAUUUUUUCUACUUCACUCGCACAUGUAAUUUUAUAUUUGGGAUUCUUGAAAUAGGGUUAAAUAAUUGUAUUCUUUGUCUCGAAAGUGUUGAAAUAUAACAGAAUGGCAGAAUGAUUGAGGAUGACUUGAGUGGCCAUUUGAUUUUGUACAAAUAAUAGCAAUGAAGUGCAAGGAUCAUGAGCUGAAGAAACUUGUGAUUCGUGGACGUAAUGCAACCAGGAGCAAUGUAUAAAUUAUUUCCAAUAACCAAUCUCACACUGCAAUAAUGGAGCAAAAAAAAAAAAAAAAUGAAAUGAAAGAAUCGUUUCUCUCAACUGGGAACAAAGUGAAAGUUAUACAAAAGGCUUUCAAUUUAUAAUAAGCAUAUUCGUUAAAGUAAGCGCAGUAAUCAAGUGGCCAAAUAAUAAACAGUUAUACGAGUAAUUUGAAAUAAAUAUUAUAAUCAAGUUCGAGUCGUAGGGGACACGAUUCUUGUCGGUAUUACGUAGAGAAUAAUAUUAAAAGUUUUACAAUCUUCUGCGCGAUUAGCCGUUAGGGACACGUAUUUAAGAACAUUAUGCAUUCCAAUUUGCAUUUCACGAUAUGUACUUCACACUAAUGUUAAACAAUUUUUACACGUACUAGAAGACCAAGUUUCCGCGGCAACUUAACCUAGGGAAUCGUCGCGAUUGUUCUUAUACUUAAUUCGUCUUCAAAGAAAAUGAAAGAAAUGGUUAUCAAUUGUAUCGUGCCAUUCGCGUAGCGAGAAAUUGUAUGUAAUAUUUAUUUCGAGCCUCUGAAAUCACUCGAAUUAGCCGUAAUGUUUGUAAAAGUUUAUUUUAUUUCUUUGUCGAUGAUAAUACUCGGCACGAUUGUGUAAAAAAUUGUUGUAAAUGUCGUACAAUUGUAUAUAUAUAUACAUAUAAUGUUAUUUCUAUCGUGUUGAAACGCCAUAUCUGUCACGUUUACUUAUUAUUAAAGGAAUUGUUUAUAAA